AUGGGCGUCCCUGUGGUCUUAGCAACGCUGGCUGCGUGCGGUAGCCUCGUCACAUCCGUCAAAUCCAGCUGGGAGCUUAGGCGCAUGAUCAAGCGCAAGCAAGAGUCCAGAGAAUGCGAUGAAGAAGCGCCCUACGUUUUCCGAAGGCUACGCCGAGCCUACUACGAUAACCUGAUGAGCGUCACCGAGUACGAGAUCUGGUACGAGAAGUUCUUGGUUGCCAAGGUCGAGAAGGACCUGUCCGGAUUGCGCAGGAUCCGGGCACAUCUGCGGAUCUUGGAGAGCGGUGCUCCGGUGACCGCCCAUCACCGAUCGAGGGGGAUCGAGCAAGCCAAGAGCGAAAGCAAGCGAAGGCAUUCGACAUCUCGUGGUUCCGACCAGUCGUACGUGGAUUCGCCGCCCAGCCGAGCGAGCCUUGAUUACCGCCCUGACCGACGCGCAACAGUUGGGGCAAGGCCGGAGCAGUUCAUCCGCUACAACCCGGGGCCAACCUAUAGUAGUCGCGCCUCGUCAUCGGAUGCCUCGUCUAGGGGCCGGAGCCAGAACCGUUCAGGACGGCAGGAGUCAAGGGGCCGAAGCGAGAAGCGGUAUGACAGCUAUGACAGCGACGAUAGUAGCGAUUACUAUUCAGAGAAGAGACGUUACCGCGGCAGGAGCACCUCGCGAACAUUUCGAUUAAACAUGGCUACCUCUGCCCCACCUCCCUCAAAACGGCAAAAGAGAGAAGAUGUUGAGCGCACGACAAUCCAGCAGGAUGUGGCACCGCUUCUAGCCACCAACCUUGGGUCGUUCAAGGCCAAUUUUGUUGACAGCGACGGCAAUCAGAUGGCCGAUGUGAUUGAGAUCAAUUUUGCUGAUGCCACUGAAAAGAAUGUCUCGACUUUGUUGAACACAAUGUUGGAAAGGGACCGGGAAGACUUUACCCCUUACCGCUUUCGCAUACACAUCCCGGGCAAGGACGUGAUCAUCGACCAAUACCCCACGGAUUUACUAGGACUUCUACAGAAGCAUGGAGUCACGAAUCCAUUCGAGACGACCAUUACCCUCAGCGCCGAGCCUCAAGCAGUGUUUAAGGUCCACGCCGUAUCACGCCUGGCCCAUCGCAUUCCCGGGCACGGCCAACCGAUCCUCUCCUGUCAAUUUUCUCCCAUUAACUCGAGCCGCCUAGCGACUGGUAGCGGUGACAACACAGCACGUAUCUGGGACACGAACUCCGGGACGCCGAAAUACACAUUAAAGGGGCAUACCGGCUGGGUAUUGGGUGUGAACUGGAGCCCGGACGGGAAGCAGCUAGCCACUUGUUCAAUGGACAAAACCGUGAGGAUAUGGGAUGCCGAAACUGGGAAGCCGUUUGGCCAAGACUUCAAGGGUCACGCGAAGUGGGUGCUGGGCGUAGCAUGGGAACCGUACCACCUUUGGAGGGAUGGGACACCCCGCUUGGCUAGUGCCAGUAAAGACGGCACAUGUAGGAUUUGGCUGGUCAACUCAGGGCGUACAGAGCAUGUCCUGAGCGGUCACAAGGGGUCAGUGAGUUGUGUACGAUGGGGUGGAGCUGGCAUGGUUUACACAGGGUCCCACGACAAAUCCGUCAGGGUCUGGGAUGCUAGUAAGGGGACGUUGGUGCAUAACUUCACAGCCCACGGCCACUGGAUCAACCACAUCGCCUUGUCGAGUGACCACGCCCUACGGACGGCUUACUUUGACCACACUGGCGAAGUGCCAGCCACCGAAGAGGGGAAGCGCGUUAAAGCAAGAGAGAGGUUCGAGAAGGCGGUCAAGAUCCAGGACAAGAUCGCCGAGCGACUCGUAUCAGCAAGUGACGAUUUCACCAUGUAUCUUUGGGAUCCUACCAACAACGGGAAUAAACCCGUCGCACGCCUGUUAGGUCAUCAGAACAAAGUGAAUCAGGUUCAGUUCUCCCCUGAUGGAACGCUCAUCGCGAGCGCAGGGUGGGACAACAGCACGAAACUAUGGAACGCCAGAGAUGGCAAGUUUCUCAAGAACCUUAGGGGCCACGUCGCACCGGUAUACCAGUGCGCCUGGUCCGCUGACAGCCGCCUUCUCGUGACCGGUAGCAAGGACUGCACGCUGAAGGUGUGGAACGCGCGUAGCGGCAGUCUGGCGAUGGAUUUGCCGGGCCAUGAAGAUGAGGUUUACGCCGUCGAUUGGGCCGCCGAUGGUAAGAUGGUCGGCUCAGGUGGGAAAGACAAGGCAGUUCGCACUUGGAGGAACUGA